AUGUACAGAUACGCCGCUUUAAAACAAACAGAAAGGACACAUGUUGUACAGUCUAUACUGAGACGUCAACUCUCCACUACUAAUGUAGUUCAUAAUAACCCAAAAUCUCCAUUACAGAUUUUCCGUGAAACCUUUAAAGAGGAAUGGAAAAAGUCACAAGAAUUACAAGAUAAUAUUAAAUCAUUGCAAGAUGCUGGUGGUAGAUUAGGAGAAUCAGAGGCAUACAAGAAAGCCCGUGAAGCGUACUUAAAGGCACAAAAGGGUUCUACCAUUGUAGGAAAGACCUUAAAGAGAACCGGUGAAACGAUUGAGGACAUGACUACCAAGGUUUGGGAUUCUAAUAUUGGUAAGAACACUAGGAAGGCUGUUAGUGCCACUGCACGUAAGAUCGAUGAAGGUUUUGAGCCGGUCAGAAAAACGAAGGUAUACAAAGAUAUGUGUGAAGUCGUUGACGAUGGUGACUCUACUAGCUAUGGUGGAUUUCUCACUAAGGAGGAAAGAAGACUUAGACGCGAGAGAGACAUUGCAUCUGGGCGUAGAGCUCAGCCCGUGAAAAGCAACGACGAAGCAGGAACAGCUAUCGUAGCUACUAGCAAAGAGGCUAAAGCUUCGUUCGGAGAGCGUAUUAGCGACUUCAAGGAGAAGACAACUGUCGGUCGUAAGCUUGCAGAAUUGAAGGUCAAGCUUUGGGAUGAAAAUGAAAAUCCGUUGAUAUCUUUUAUGCGUACCGUAACGAAUAAAGUUGGUGGACUAUUUGCAGAAACUGAGUCUUCCAGAGUUUUUGCUCAGUUUAAGAUGAUCGAUCCUACUUUUAACAAUGAGAUGUUUACCAGACAUCUCAGAGACUACAUUGUUCCAGAAGUUCUGGAAGCGUAUGUAAAAGGUGAUGAGGCUGUUUUAAAGCGUUGGUUCAGCGAAGCGCCAUUCAAUGUCUAUGCAGCUCUUCAGAAGCAGUUUCGUGAGCAGGAGUUGUUUUCCGAUGGUAGGGUCCUGGACAUCAGAGGAGUUGAGAUUAUCAGCGCAAAAUUGCUACCUCCACAAGAUGUCCCUGCAUUAGUUGUUAGCUGCCGUGUUCAAGAAAUUCUUCUUUACAGAAAAGCCAAGACUGGUGAGAUCGCUGCAGGUCACGAAUCCAAUAUCAUAAUGAGUACAUAUGCUAUGGUUUUGACGAGAGAUCCUGAGAACGUUAAUGACAAAGAAACUGAGGGUUGGAAGAUUUUAGAGUUUGUUCGCGGUGGUUCUAGGAACUUUACCUAG